AUGUGGAUCUCAAUACUUUUAUUUUUCCCAAUUUUUCUAAAUCUGGCCAGAAAGGUGGAUUAUAGACAAGUCCCGGUCAGAUACGUGGCACAAUACGUCAAACCGGACAAGAAGUUAACCGUAGAGACAGUAAAUGAUUGCGGAACAUACGCGGCGAAUAAUAACUACAAAGUUUUUGUGUUCUACAAGAGUAAUGGGACCUGCGAACUGGUGAACAGGAUUGUUGGAUACAGCCUUGCAGUGGAUUCUGUUCAGCGUAAGUUGAGGAAUUUUAGUGCUGCAUGGGCUGAGAAUUUGCAGAAAUUUGAAGAUUUUGGAAAAUUUUCCUUUUUCUAGCCCAAACGUUUGCAGCUGCGCCCUGACUUGUCUGCAAACUGCAAACAUGAAACUUUUCGUGCCGAAAUUCGGCAAAACGUGUCAACUUUUCGAGGAUUUUCGAUCUAAAAAUCUCGGUUGUUUCUUCAAAGCGCGAGAUAAGAUUCGGGAUCAAACUAUCCUUUUUCUGGCCCCGCCGAAAAGCAAGAAUUUCCGGUUCGCGCCCACAACUUUUGCUGACUGCGAAACACGGUUAGGAAUUUGCGAAACACGUAGGAAUUUCAGGCUUAGCUUAGCCUCAGGCUUAGCCUCAGGGGCUUAGGCAGCUUAGGCUUAGCCUCAGGCUUAGGCUGUUUCCUACUUUUAUUCGCAGUGUGCAGGGAAAUCGGGGCGCAAGCUGCGAAGCGCGGGGCCAGAAAAAGGAUAGUUUUCCUAAGAUUCUCGCAUAUACUUUUGAAAAAAUUAUUCGGCAGUCCCUACAAGCUGCGCCUCAAACUUUGAAGAAUUUUUACGUGGCUAGCGGCCGCUAACUAGCGGUGAACGUCCUCGAUGAAAUUCGGCUCAAAUUUACCCAAAAACAAACGCAAUUUUAGGGUCCGGCCGACGAAAUUUCGUGAUUUACGUGAAAAGCGACCGCGAUGGUUGCGGAAAUUUGAAGUCGCAGGAUGCAGAACAAGUUCUGGUGGAUCUGAGUGAGUUUACUCUCACAUUACGGACUGUUUAUAGCGUAUGGUGAAGCGACAUGUCCUCCACAUUACAAUUUCGUGUUGAAUUCCAAAAUGAGGAUUUGCCAGAACAAGGUGAGUUGGUAAUUUCUAAUACGACUUUCCUUUUGUCCCUACCGUCUAAACUUGUUCCAGAUCAGUGAUUUGAAAGAGUCCACGCUCUAUGGGAGUAUAUUUUACAAGUAUCGUCUGGGCGUGACUACCGACUACUACAACAUGGACAAAGUGCCUCCUCAAAACCGGAUCGCCAACUACGUCAUGAAUCGGAGUCGUGAGUUGAAAUUGCUUAAAAAUUUGACUUACUAAUUUAAUUUUUCAGAGGCCACGCAGACAGUAAAAUACACUUGUAACUCCACUCAAGGAUACGUUACUUUCUUUGGGAACACUUAUUACUGCUACGUGAGCAAACCCUAUUCGGUGACCUCAGUCACCCCAUUAGUAAACAAUGUGUGUAAAACGGCACUGAAGAAUGGAACUCCAGUCAAACUGUUUCACAAGCUGAUCAAGGGAUUUCUCUAUAGUGAGUUUCUAGGCUUUUUUAAUUUUUUGAAAUUGAAGUGGUCGUAUCUUUGUGUGCUUCUUUCAUUUCUGGACUCAAAAUUUCGAAAUCCGCAAGGAAGAUUAUAAAAAAAAUUUUCUAUAUAAAUUUAUUUAAAUAUAUUCGAUAACGAGAUCUUUUAAAAUUCAUACUUGGAUUUGCUGGUUUCUGUAGAAAAUUGCUUAAGGCGCUCAAAAUGUUUUUAAAAUACGUCUGAGCUCGUCGUUUAUUUUUUUUUUGUUCAGAAAAACGAAAACCGCGAAAUUUUUUUUGCUUGUCCUUUGCAGGCAAAGCUGAGAUGGUGAACAAUCUUUGCCCACAAUGUAGUGCUCGAAGUUUAUAAAAAGGACGGUCAGGGAAAAAACUCUUUAGCGACAUCUUCGCCAGUUUUGUACGGGAAAAAUUGAUUUUUUGUCAUGCCAAGCUUUGGGCUAAAAAUCUUGUUUGUUUCUGGUGGCUUUAAAGACCAGAAUUGUGCAUGUCUUGCAAAAAGUAAAUAAAAAUUUGUGCCAAGUUUCAUUACCUGUCUAUCGGGAAAGUAAUGAGCGCAACGUUGCAUCCAAAAUUGUAUCGCCGCCGAGAAAAUGAUUCGUGUCAAAAUCAAAAUGAUUUUAACCUCAUCCACGCGAUUGGCGCAGAGACGUUGUGCCAUUAUUUUCCCGACAGACUGAUAAGAUUUCGGCGUCGCGCUAUUGCGUACAUCCCUCGCAAUCGUUCUUUAUUUGUAUGGUUUCAGUCAACAACGCUGGCUGGCCUCUUGUGGGGAUGUAUCAAAAGAACAACAAAUGGGUCUACUGGGAUGGGAAGCCCGUUCCCUCGAGCGUUCUGGACUGGCAGCCAGGUGCGCCAUACGCCGCCAAUGGGCCGUUGGUUCUGGUGGCCAGCCGAGGUCUUUGGCUCUAUAAUUCAGACAGUAAUGAGCAAUACAAGACGAUCCCUUGCAUUGGGUCGACGAUAAAACGAACUUCUCAAGACCUGAUCGAUGAUAUCUCUGUAGACACAAACAGCACUUCCAUUUGA